AUGGUGGAGACUCCAGCUCAUGUCGAGCGAGUCCGCGGCGCAAACAGGAGGAUCUCGUCUCACAAGGAUGAGCUUGUUAGGGUACAGAACCUUCACCUCACCCACCGAUACAAGCAGUGUAUCUCCCUGUGUGAGCAGCUUCAGAGGCCAAAUCCGCAAGAAUUGAACUCCUCACUGACACAAUAUCAGAUCCAUGCGCUUCACCGAACUUUCCUCUGGUUCUACCGUGCAGUCUCUUACGAAGCUAUGGGCCUCAUCGCACAUGACUUUUCGAACAACAAGAUGGAACUUCUGUUGCUCGCACAGGACAGUUUCAAAUCCGCUCUCAGUGUCUUGCCGCUGCCUUAUGUCUCGGCCGAGCAAGGUUAUUACAGCCAGCCCGAGCAAUCUCCACCGUACACUGAUUGGCAUGUCUCCCCUACAAAUAUCAAGAAAAACAUACAAGGUUCGCCAAUACCAGGCAUUGCAAGUUCAACUGUCACACACUCUGCUUCAGCAUACAGCAUCUAUUCCCCUGCGCCGAACUUGUUGUCGUCCGAUGUCGAAGUCUCCGGACCACCCGAGGUAUCGGACACACUUUCUGCAGAAACUGAUGAGACGCAACAAGAAGGACUGAACUGCAACCAUGUCAAGUCACCGCACACUCCCAUGACACACCGCGCUCGACUCAGCCAAAGCUUGAGCAACCCUCAUGCACUAGCGGAAGAACUCGUCCCAUCACCCUUAUUCAGUCGAGCUCCCAAAGAUGCAGAGCCCGCCCAAGCCCAGACCGACACUACCCACCGACCCCUUCCUCCUCUACCGUUCGGGCACAGAGCCGGUUUUGAAGUCCAAGGUUCUCGCAUCAUCCAGAUCCCCACCAUGCGCAAGACGGCAGUACAAACCCUCAUUGCUCGAUAUGAAGGUUCCUUGCCAGUGCUGCAGUCGCCAUCGCCGGAAGAGACAGCCACACCUUCUCCAGUGACGCCACGCUUCCGAAUGAUUCGCGACGCCUUCAGUCCAGACCCUCCGAACGACCAUCUGGACGCUUACCUCUCAUCGGCCAGCCUGACGCGGUACAAUGCUUCGUUAUCCGAUUUCGCAACCCAACUGCGCAAACAUAUCUCUUUUCUGGCCAAAGACCUCGAUCGAGUGCGCAGUCUUCACGACGAACGCGCCACUGCCAAAGCAUCAACGAACAACCGCCUCGCUAGUUUCUGGUCGUUGAGCACUACCUCCCCGUCUACUCGAGCUGGUCGCCAACGAGAAGACAAUGAUGACGACGCAAAUGGAGGAGAUCCAGCGACUCUGGCCAAGAAAGAACGAAUCAACAAAUUGAGACUCGCUGGAUGGAACGUCCGGAAAGAGAAACAUGGAUACAAGGGGGAAGAAUGGUACAACAGUCUCAGACGGUGUCUCGCGCGUGAGCUCGACGAUCAUGCUACGCCGAGGAGUUGA